GCACGAGGGGCGUGGCUAUUAUUAGGGGCGGGGCCAGGCACAGAUUGCCCUAUGGGGCGGGGAAACAGAAGGGGCUGCGAGUUGGUGAUAGGGUUUCUCUUUGGGGGCGUGGCCUGUGGAUCCUCGCUUUCCCGCCGACGGUUGGUCACGUCACGUGAUGUGGGUUGGAAGAUGGCGUCUCCCACGGACGGGACAGAUCUGGAAGCAUCUUUGCUAAGUUUUGAAAAACUUGACCGUGCCUCACCAGAUCUUUGGCCAGAACAAUUACCAGGUGUUGCUGAAUUUGCAGCUUCUUUCAAAAGUCCUAUUACUAGCUCUCCACCCAAAUGGAUGGCUGAGAUAGAACGUGAUGAUAUCGACAUGUUGAAAGAACUGGGGAGUCUCACCACGGCUAAUUUGAUGGAGAAGGUACGCGGUCUACAGAACCUGGCCUACCAGCUGGGGCUGGAUGAGUCCAGAGAGAUGACACGGGGGAAAUUCCUCAACAUUCUAGAGAAGCCCAAGAAGUAGCAGCUGUUUGUGGACAGGAUGUCCUGGGCACUGUAACCAAGCUCCCUUCCCAGUGCAGCUCUGACGAUGCACAACUCACUGCUUCCUCGGGAGAGGCCAAGGGUGUACCUCCAGGACUGCCCUGCUCCCCUAGUCCUGACACUCUGCGCCUCUGAGGACGUUCGGCAGCAAGAGAAGAAUCUGCUCUACCCAAGGAUCACUGCAGUUAUUCAGUCAACUUCCACACUUUGACCUUCUUAGCCUCAGAUAUUGAUAACACCAGAGGACAUAUCAUUCUCAAAGAUCAAAGUCCUGCUUUAUCAUUUCCAGAAGUGAUUCAAGAGCCCUGGGAUCUUAUAGUUGAUUUGAUUCAGUGAUGGCAAAGUCAUCUGUGACAUUUUGAUUGAAUGGGUUCUUUUGAGUAGUACUUGAUCUCUUAGGAAGUAUUUAUGAUGCGAGGAGACCAGAUUCUGGAUCAGACUGUGCAGCCUGACCCCUGAACUCUCCAGUAUAUACUAGGUUCCAAGAAUCCCCAGCUGGAGAAACCAGAAUCUGCUCAAAAUGUACACCUGCUUUUUAAACUCUGUAUCUCUCAUGAUAGUCCCAUCCCCCAAUGCCUUCCAGCCCCACCUUCCAGUUCUGACCCCAGACAAGGGGAUCCCUGAGUAGUGAGUUCCUCCUGGAAUUAGCUUGUAUAGUAAAAGGCCCAUGCAAGGUUGCAUUGGGUUCUAGACCUGAAGGCCAGUCUGAAGGUGACAGAAAGGACUUUUAAGUUCAAGUUAAUCUGUUACAGAUUCAAGCAAGAAAGUCAAUAUGGCCUGAAAGAUAGGAGAAUGGGGUGGCUCAUGGCAGUUCCCAUUUGGUUGAAAACUAGAGGCUGAAAUUGACCUUAAAGGAACAUGCUAUGGGAUGUGGCAGUGUUUUGUCAUCCCUUCUUACAGCACAUAUCAGAUACUUCACCUGUAUAACAGAAACACACACACACAC